CUUGUUCUGCCCUGGAUCAACAUUAACUGAAACAGAAAACGUGUUUUUUCCUGUCAUGGAUCAUUUGACUUCGAUUGAUUUUUAAAUGGGUAUUGCUAUGUCGUUGUUGAAUGAAUGGGGUUGUUGCUAGAAGCAGUCUUCCAUGUGGGUUUUGAUUGUCCUGUACUGAAAGACUUCAUAACAUACUGUGUGUGUGAGGGACUCGGUGCUGCUUUAAUUACUGCUCUUGUGAAGGUGAACUGUGAACUUGGUUGGUCAGAGCUUGCCAACAGGCAGAAAGUUGCUGAAGUCCCUCAAUUGUGCUUCCCUGCCUCCUUUCCCAAAGUCUCUGUCUGGUGCAAUGGUUUAUAUAACUGAGUGGGACAAGUUUGUGGAGCAAUCCAUUGAGCUGUUCCGUGCAGAUCCUGAUUCUACAAGGUAUGUCAUGAAGUACAGGCACUGUGAUGGCAAGUUGGUACUCAAGGUCACUGAUAACCGACAGUGUCUAAAGUAUAAGACAGACCAAGCACAAGAGGCUAAGAAGAUGGAGAAACUGAAUAAUAUGUUCUUUGCUUUGAUGGCUCGUGGUCCUGAUGUUGAUCUAUCAGAAGUCACGGGAAAAGAGCAAAUGGAUGCUCAGCCAACCAAGAAAGGAAGAGGAAGGAAGCAAUAACUUACUUGGCCUUUUGCUAGACAAGAUGGUUUUAUGAAUCACUGGACUAAGAAUUUGAAUAGUUAUAUUUUUUUCCCUACCUAAUGAUUACUUCAGAUUCUUAUGAUGUGAGAGGUUUAUAUUUUGAAGUUUUGAAGUCUCAAUUUCUGAUCUUUACCUAUUAACAUUUUUCUCAGUUUUCAAA